AUGAAUUAUAGAACUUUAGGUAAUACUGGCAUGCCAGUAAGCGAGCUCUCAUAUGGAGCGUGGGUCACAUUUGGCCCACAGAUUGAUGUAAACAUUGGCAUGAGCUGCUUAAAAGAAGCUUAUGAUAGAGGGGUAAACUUCUUUGACAAUGCAGAGGUCUAUGAGUUUGGCGUUGCAGAAAGCAUUAUGGGAGAAGCACUGAAAAAACUCAACUGGGAUAGAGAUACAUAUAUGGUGUCGAGUAAAGUGUUUUGGGGAAGAACCCCAACCGCUGUCCCCACUCAAAAGGGAUUGCAUAGGAAGCACCUUGUAGAUGCCUGCCAUGCCGCAUUGCGUAGACUACAGCUCGAAUAUCUUGACCUAUACUUCUGCCAUCGCUAUGAUCCUACAGUUCCUAUUGAAAUCGUGGUAGAAACUAUGACAAAUCUUGUUCGACAAGGAAAAAUACUCUACUGGGGUACCUCUGAGUGGGGAGCAGAAGAAAUUAAAGAAGCAUAUGAUAUAGCUAUAAAAAAUUCAGCGGUUCCACCGCUGUUUGAACAACCACAGUAUAACCUUCUUCAUAGAGAGCGAGUUGAAAAAGAAUACAAACCCUUAUACGAGCAUACAGGUUUAGGAACCACCAUAUGGUCACCACUUGCCUCGGGCCUACUUACUGGGAAAUACAAUGAAGGCAUACCAGAGAAGUCACGCUUAAAUCUUCCUGGAUAUGAGUGGCUACGUAAUUUAUUUAUAGAACAGUACCAAUCUACUCGCAUUGAAGUAGUAAAAAAACUUGGAGUGCUAGCACAUGAACUUGGAAUGCCGCUAAGCCAGUUUUCAAUAGCGUGGUGCUUAAAAAAUAAACGGGUGAGUACGGUCAUACUAGGUGCAUCUACGCCAGAGCAGCUUAUAGAAAACAUUGCUGCGGCAGAAAAAACAGAUAUGAUUGAUGACACUGUCAUGGAGCAAGUGGGCAAGAUACUCUCAACGGUUCCUGGAACUCUCUCGCAUGGGAAUGAAUAG